AUGCUUUCUAGAGCUACUAUUGCACAAUUUACUUCCAGACGUCUACUGCGUCUAUACUCUCACGUGCCUCUGCGCGUACCCAUUACUUUGCCUAAUGGAUCCACUUACGAACAACCUACUGGUCUGUUCAUCAACGGUGAAUUUAUUCCAUCUAAGCAACGCAAGACAUUUGAAGUGAUCAACCCUUCUACUGAAGAAGAAAUUACUCACGUUUACGAAGCUCGUGAAGAUGAUGUGGAUAUUGCAGUCGCUGCCGCUAAACGUGCUUUCGAAGGCGGCUGGUCUACUGCUGACCCAGAAUUCCGUGCUCGGGCUCUAUUCAAAUUGGCUGAUUUAGUCGAACAACAUGCAGAAACCCUAGCUGCUAUUGAAUCUCUGGACAACGGUAAAUCUUUGCUAUGUUCUCGUGGUGAUGUCGCAUUGGUUUCUAAAUACUUGCGUUCCUGUGGUGGUUGGACCGAUAAGAUUUACGGUAAUGUGAUCGAUACCGGUAAGGACCAUUUUGCAUACUCGUUGAGAGAGCCAAUUGGUGUUUGUGGUCAAAUCAUUCCAUGGAAUUUCCCUCUACUGAUGUGGUCCUGGAAAAUUGGUCCAGCAUUGGCUACUGGUAACACUGUUGUGUUGAAACCAGCUGAAGCUACUCCAUUGUCCGCCUUGUACGCCUCUACUCUAUGUCAAGAGGCUGGUAUUCCAGCCGGUGUGGUUAACAUCGUUUCAGGUUUUGGUAGAAUCGUGGGUGAAAGACUAUGUAACCAUCCAGAUGUCAAAAAGAUCGCAUUCACUGGUUCUACAAACACUGGUCGUCACAUUAUGAAGACUGCUGCUGACAGUAUUAAGAAGAUCACCCUAGAAUUGGGUGGUAAGUCUCCAAACAUUGUCUUCGCCGAUGCUGACUUGGAAAAAGCUGUCAAGAGUAUCGCCUUCGGUAUCUUCUUCAACUCUGGUGAGGUUUGUUGUGCCGGUUCAAGAAUCUACGUUCAAGACUCUGUUUACGAAGAAGUCUUGGAAAAGUUGAAGGAAUACACAGAAACUUUGAGCGUUGGUGACCCAUUCGACGAAAAUACUUUCCAAGGUGCUCAAACUUCUCAAAUGCAAAUGGAAAAGAUCUUGAAAUACGUUCAAAUCGGUACUGAUGAAGGUGCUCGUGUUGUCUCUGGUGGUGAAAGAAAGGGUGAAAGAGGUUACUUCAUCAAGCCAACCAUCUUUGCUGACGUUGACGAAAAUAUGCAAAUCGUUAAGGAUGAAAUCUUCGGCCCAAUCGUCACUGUUUCUAAAUUCUCCACCGUCGAUGAAGUCAUCGCCAAGGCUAACGACUCUGUCUACGGUCUAGCCGCUGGUAUUCACACUAAGGAUGUUAACAAGGCUAUUGAUGUGUCCAACAGAAUUAAAGCUGGUACCAUCUGGAUUAACACUUACAACGCCUUCCAUCAAAACGUUCCUUUCGGUGGUUUCGGACAAUCUGGUAUUGGUAGUGAAAUGGGUGCAGCUGCUUUGGAUAACUACACUCAAGUCAAGUCUAUUAGAAUGUCCAUUGACAAGGCUCAAUACUAA